GGAGACGGGAAGGGGAAAGUUAUCGUCGUCAACCCUGUCAAUUGAUAAUGGGCUCAAAUAGCAUCCGCCAUUGAAGGGGAUCCUCGAUGACUCGACGGGCAUUCAAUCUUGGGCUUCCUUUCUCUUUUCACCGACAGAUAUACAGGCCACUGCCCGGGAUUGCAGCUCAGUGUUGGCCGAUCAUACGGGAGAGCAACUGAAGAAAUCCUCCAGGAAAGACGCAAGAAGCUUGGUCUCGAGUCAAACAUGACCGUACCAGAAUCGGAGGGGGAAGAAAGCGAGGCGAAAGGACUGCAUUCGACCAUGCUCGACCUGGAAAUGGGAUCCAGGCCUGUCUCUGCGUCCGGCAUCCGCCCUGCAAUACUCGGCUUCACGGGAUUCAUCCCGGGGCUGAAUUUCCGCCAUGGUGAGACAUACGGGAAAGCGGCAAACAACUGCCUGAAAGAGCUCUUCAACCGAGCCCAACAACGACUGCGAGCACAAGAUAAGAGUAAGCGGUCAGCCAGCGCGCCGCCCCCGCCUCUCCGGGCUCUUCGGGCGCAGGAGGACAUCAGGAGAUGCUUGGAUCACUUCUUCACUGCGAGGGCGAACAAAGCACUGGGGCCGAACUUGCGAGAUCCGAUAUCGGGCUACACGGGACACGUCCCCUUCCAGCGAAGUUUCACCGGCAAGAACUACUUGGCUGCAACUCGAGAGGGUCGAGAGAAGCACGAAAUGCUGAGGCUGCGACAGGAGAAGGAACUUCAGUCGACGACAUCCUCGCCUUCGCCUUUACCCAAUGUGCAUCCGCGAAUUCCCGAUCAAUUUUAUGGAGACGGCUUCAUGGCUUCUCCUACUUCGCCUGUCACGGACGCGUCCGUCGGCUGGCGCGAUUGA